CAAGGACCCCCAAUAGUGGCAAAAUCAUAACAAGUCAGUCAACAUGGCGAACCCAAGAAAAUUUAGCGAGAAAAUAGCCCUACACAAUCAAAAACAAGCUGAAGAAACUGCUGCAUUUGAAGCCAUUCUCAGAGAUGUCAGCGCAGCUACAAGAGGCCACCCAAAGCCACAGCCUAACCAGCAGCUCCAUAUUCAGCAGAAUAUCAUCCAGCAAUACAGAGGUGGAUCUCUACCUAAUGUUAAUCAAAUGAGCAAUUCAAAUUCAGGGAUUGAUUUACAGGUUUUACAGCAUAUGGAAGCCAUGAGGGGAGGGAGUCAAGCCCGUGUGGACAGGAUUCAUCCGAGAGACCGGGGAAGACAAGGGGGACCUCUUCGCUCCAGGCCUUUCAAUAUGGAGAAAACCAGGGCUGAUUGUUCACCAUAUGGUUCGGGCGCAUAUCUCUCCCCACCUCCUGACACAAGCUGGAGAAGGCCUGUGCCAAUACCUCGGUUUUACCGACACUUAAAUGGUGUGAACCAUUUGUCACGAACAAACUCAGACUCGGCGAUUCACUCGAGCUCCCUUGGAGGGCCCCUGGGCAUGGAUCCCAGCCCCAACACUCCACCCAUGCACAGGAGAAUUCACGAGGUGGUAGGGGAGAAUUCCGGCCUGUCUGCUGGCCCAUACCCUUGGGAUCCAAAGAAGAUGGAUGAAUUUGAUGAUUUUCACCAAAAUUAUCAGCUACAGCAGAGACCGAAGUCAUGUGAAGUGCCAAAUAUAAACAUCUACCCAUCAGCUGAGCAGGAGCUGCAGGUUCACAUCCCCAUCAGUAGCAAUACUGGCUCCCUUCCUGACCUGACCAACAUACAGUUCCCUUCGCCUCUACAGACACCUCUUGACUUGGAGGAACAGCAAGCGAACUACGCUAACAGCGUGGCUAACCUAUCGCCAACAAGUGCUCACCACAUGACAAUGGGGCCGCCCACUCACCACAAUGGAUCUCCCUCCCAGUCACCUGGCUCCCAGCGACGCAGGAUGAACCACAGUGGACCCAGUCCUCUCGUGCUGCAGCAGAACGGGAACCAGUCAAUGAGGGUGCCCCUGUCUCCACCGCGUGGAAGACGGACUGUUUAUGUACAGAACCAUGAUCUCAGCUCUUUGCACGUGGACCCACGCACACAGGCACAGUAUAUGUUGUAUAUGCGCCUACAGCAGCAGCAGCAACAUCAGCAGCAACAUCAGCAGCAGGGGCCUGGUGGGGCCCAGCACUCCCCCACCCACACUCCCCAUGGGCCCGUAUUGGGUGGGCUCAUGGGACACAAUGACAGCCCACGGGUACCCCCGCCCCACUUGGGGCCACUUCCCAAAGUGUGUGUCACCUCGCACGAAAAUGAUUCUCCAGAGGUGAACAUGUCUCAGUACAGGAACAACAUAUCUGAUGGCGGUGCGUGCCAGUCGCCCACGUCGCCCCACUCACAGUCCUCCUACUCCCCUUCCCAGUCUCCAGGCAUCCCCCCAGGGUCAUCAUGGCAUAACAACAUCUUCGACGACUCUUAUCAUCUCCAACAGCAACAGACAAAUGCACUGCAACAACAGUUUGAACAUUUUAACAUGCAGCAUCAACCCAUCAGCACUAGUAGCAGCAUAGCGCAGGGUUCCAAUGGGGGGAUGAUAGUGUCGAGUGCAUCUUCCUCCCAGCCCUACUCUCAGGCCAACAACAGUGGGAUGGCAGACUACAAUCAAGCCAACAGUCUCCAGUACUACAUGGAGAACAACUUUAGUCUGAGUCUGACCCACAUGAACAACACCAUCACCAGCUCAACAGCGGGGACUAAGAUACCUGAUAUUGUGUUUUCAGGUUGGCAUAGUAUGGGGGAUGGUUCGUUCGAUGCGGACCUGUUUGGGAGUGUUUCAGACGAGGCGCUCAAAGAUGGCCUGGUCCCGUUGGACCUUGACGGGCUCCAGAUGCUGACUGACCCGAGCAUGAUCACCGACCCGGACACAGAAAACUCCUUCAAGCUUGAUCAGUUGUAGGACUAGUCCCAACCAAGCAAACGAACAAAUACAAAAAAGCGGAAAGUGUUGUCCCUGAUAAGCCUGUGCAGACAGUACAUGCUAAUCUGGGACAACACUUUAUGCACAUGCAUUAAACUCCGUUUUUCCCGCUAAAGCGCAUGGAUGGUUUCCUAGAGGGAGUUUUAGCUUGUCAAGCCUUGGGGCUGUGGACUCAGCAGGUGCUUGGAGCAUGAUGUGAAUGAAUUUAUCACCGAGCAACUCGUGUUGGGACGUUUUAUAUAAAUCUUAGUGAACCUUUUGCUUCUCAAAAUUGAAACAUUUUAUGUGUGAACUUGCAUACAUAUUGCAAAUGGCAGCCCACUGCUUUGAUUCAUUGACAUAUGUGUGUGUGAACUCUUUGUAUUGCUUGUAUGAAUCAAUAGCAAAAUAUAACAUAGUAUUGAAUGGUGGCUGAUUUUUCUCAAGAUUGCUCAAAGAAGGAGGGAAUUAUAUAAGACAUGCUACCAUGCUAAAGAACCGAACAAUACAAGGACUGUGUGUGUCUGAAAUUGCUCCAAGGAUAAUUGUGAAGCUUGAUCUUGUUCACUGUAAAGAAUUUUAUGAAAAAGGAUUGAAGGGUGACUGGAUGCAAACAGAAUUGGACUGUAUCUGUUUUGACGAACCCAUAAUGACAGGUCACAUUUCCUGGUUUGUGGUUAAGUUCAGGUUGCAGCUAUGCUCUUGUUAAUACAUUUUUAAAUACUUAAGCUGUUUCAACUGCAACUUGGAAUAAUUUGAAAAGAUGAAAUAUGAAAACAUACACACCAUAAGGGGUCUUAAUAAGCUUCACAAUUCACUAUGGUUAUUAUUAUUUCUUAUAAUUUGUUUGCUGUAUGUUGGUCUGUCUGGCUGUCCGUUCACAAAAACUUAAAUAACCAUGUUAAAGGGUUAACAUUUUAUUUAGUUGGUUACUUUAUGGCUAAAUGUUAGUGAUGAUGAAACAUGCCCAUUUUCACUGCAAGGCCUUAACUUUCAGGGUUGUGAGGUCUGGUUACUUUCACUAAAAAUAAUACUAGAUGCUGUAAUAACUCGAGAAAGAACAUGCCAUAUGAUAAUGAUUUUUGAAAAACUUAUUUCGAGCAAUGUGAGAAUGUGCAACAUGUUUUCACUAGAUGUUUACAAUCUGCUAAAUGUUGUUUUUUUUAUCCUGAAAACUACUCAGACAAAUGCACAUUCUAUUCGAUUAUAAUAUGGUAGGCAUGUACAGGUAAGAGUUUCUACCUGUUGUGGACUCUGGUAUUGGUGUCAAAGCCACGCUUAUCUUCAACAAAGGUAAACAUGUGGGUUUUUGUUUAGGAAUAUGUUUAUCACAAUAUAGGGUAGGCAAAGGUUGAUGGUACAUAUGCUGAAAUGCUGAAAACACACCGGUGUCUUGUUUUGCCAAAGAAUUGCUUUUCACCAACUUGUCUAGAAAUAUUGUGCUAAAGUAUAACUAUAGUACCAGUGCAACAUAUGCCUCUUAGUUUAUGGAUUUGGGGUGAAAGUUGAGUGAAUUUUUUUUUUAGUAAAAGUGAGUAGUUAAUAAGUUGCUGAAAGUGUCAAAUCCAAAAAGGUCCUCUAAGUUUGCUUUCCAUAGUGUGUAUUGGAAAGGGAGUUACGGACAAGAUUCAUAAAUUAGCUUUGUCUUUACACUUAUGUGUUCAUGUAUAGCCUUUGUGGAUGUAGUUGACAUGUUUACUUCUCCUUAACCCCCUAACAUGGUAGCCAUGUGAGAUACUUUUAAAAAUGCUGCAGAAUAAAUCAACUGCCAGAGUUGUCAUUUACUUCAUCAACAUCCAUGUCUAUUUUUGUAAUUUACUGCUUCCAAAAAGAGUCAUUCUUCUACUGUAAUCUUAUGACGUCUCUUUAAAACUUUACUGUUAUAGGCUUAGACGUGAAAAUGAUUAAAGAUUAUUUUAAAAACUAAAUAAUGUAUGUUAUUGAUGAUUUAAGUAUGUUGGUUAUAUCUUUUUUAGGUAUGAUUUCUCAGAUGAAUGUAUAGCAUAUUUUAUGGUUUGAUUAUAUAUUUAUUGGAAUGUUUUACACAAGAAGUGCUAUUUUAUUUCAAAUAACAAAAGGUUUUAGAUAAGAAAAAAAAGAAGCAAAUAUUUAAGAAUGUUUAUAUAUUUAAGAAAAUGUUAUUGUUUAAGAACGUGUGGUAAAAUACAUUUUUUUGUGUAAUAUGUUAAAUAUGGCAGUUGUAACUGUUUAUAUUCAUGUUCACGAUAUGAUUUUAUUACAUGUAUUAACAUAGAUAUGGACUGAGCUCUAUGAAAAAGGGGUUUAAUGCAUGUGUGUAAUGUUUCGUCUCAGAUUAGCCUGUGCAGUCUGCACAAGUUAAUCAGGGACAACUUUUUUUGCUUUUAUGAUAUUUUUUGUUUAAAGAAAGUCUCUUCUGAGUUAAUGUUGAAAGUGUUGUCCCUGAUUAACCUUUGCAAACUGCACAGGCUAAUCUGGGACAAUACUUUAUGAACAUGCAUUAAACCCCCUUUUCACAGAGCACAGUCCAUAUGGUUUGUUAAGUGGUGGUGUGUAACUUAAUUUAAGAUAAGAAGUGGUAAAUCAUUUUGAGUAACAUGUUAGGCUAGAUAAAUUGUUUUCUGAAUAUAUACCACUGUCAUUCGUUAAUGGGUCUUAAGCAAUAUGCAUCCAAGGUAGCUCCAGACAAGCCAGCGCAACUGUGCAGUCUGGUCUGUAGCUGCCCUGUCCAGAAAUGAGACCACAAAACCUUGUGUGACUUUAUAGCGGAGAGUAACUCCUUACCAGACUGACAUUGUGCAUGCUGCUCUGAUGCUACUUUGGCAACAUAUGGCAUAAGACCAAUUUUCGCAUUACCCAGCUUUCCUUUGUUGGUCGCUGGCCUUGCUUAAUUUUAAUUGCAACUUUGCUAUAUUUGCAAUUCCACAUUUUGAAGUAAAUUCAGAAAAUCUUAUGAUAAUACAAAUAUUUUUGAUAAUUUUGAUUAGAAAAAUACUUUAUGUAGAAAAUUACUUUAUUACCGGUACUCGAUUUGAACUCUACAGAAAUAUUUCACUGCCUCUGUUGAAAAACAAGCAAAAAGAUGUUAAGUUCACAAUAUGAACAUUGUUUUAAUUGUGCAGUGAAAUAUCUGAUCAUCAUUGUACUGUUUCCCAGUGACCAAGUCAUUCAUUCAUAGCCUGGCUUACCCCUAGUUUAAAGGAGAAUAUUCUAGUCAUCAUUACCUGUCAUCAUGUUGUGCUGUCAGUUAGUCUCUCUGCAGUUUGUCUGGACCAGAUUCUGGACAGUAGAGAACUUCAUGUGAACAUUUCUCUGUUCUUUCAGGAGAAAUGUGUUUCUUCCUAAAUUGAAUGUUCUGCUUAUUUAGUUUCAAAUAUAUAUAUUAUUUGCAAUUUUGAUUUGAAAUACUGUUUGUGCCGUGUUUUUUGGAAAUGUAACUUAAUGUGUUUGUGCCAAGUAUCAUCUCAGAUAAGCAUGUGCAGUCCGCACUUUCUGCUUUUAUUGCAUUUUUUCGUUUAAAGGAAAUCUCUUCUCAUGGAAAAUCUGGACUAUGAAGAAAGUGCUGUCCUUUAUCAGCCUGUGCAAACUGCCCAAGUUAACCUGGGACAACGCUUUACGUGAAUGCAUUAAGCCCUGUUUUCCCAGUUUGCUGCUCAUGUUUAUUCCAACGCGGAAUGUGAGGCAUUAACCCUUUGCAUGCUGGGAAAUUUGUCGUCUGCUAAAAUGUCGUCUGCUGAAUUUCUAAAAUAAUCAUUUUCUUCGAUUUUUUUUCAAAGAAUACUAUCAGAAUAGCAAACAGUUUGGAUCCUGAUGAGACGCCACGUUCUGUGGCGUCUCAUCUGGAUCCAAACUGUUUGCAAAGGCCUUUAAAAUUCGGUUCCCGCACUGAAAGCGUUAAGUAUUGCACUUGUUUGUCCAUCUGUGUGUCCAUCUGUAUUUCCAUAUGUCAUGAAGCAUGGUUUUGAAUUUCUAAUUGUUGGAUCUCGCUAAAAAUUUCAGUUGAAAGAACUUAAUUUGCUCAGGAUGGUUAAGAAGUGAUUCGGGCAGCAACUUUUGUUUGCCAGAAUUGUUUUUCCACCAUACAAUUUAAAGUUGCUUGAAGCUAGUGUAUUUGACCUCUCUUAAAUUUCUGGAUGGAUCUCACUUAAACUUUUGCAAUUCAAUGACCUUUAUUUUUGUAAAUGAUAUAAGAAAAUCAUUUAGGCUGUGACUAUUUUGGCAGAAUAAUGAUCAUUUGUCUGCUUUUGUACUGAACAAUGUUUAGUUCCAGCCUUUUGUGUUUUCAAUUAUUCUGUAAAUACUUAGUGGAUCUCACUCAAACUGUUUGCCGUUUAAUGAUUUUAAUUUGUAGAUGAACGUAAAGAAAGGACUUUUGGUUGCAAGAGUUUGGGCAGAAUUAUGGCUCUUUGUCUUUUUGUCUUCUGGACAACAUAAAGAGGAUUUGUCUAUGUCCAAACAUGUGUUUUGGGGGCAUUAGUGUCUGUAACACAUUUCUAUCUGAUACUAAAGUUAUUGUUGAAAAAAAAACAAUUAAGAAUUGCUACAAUUAGAACAAGAAUAAUGUUUACAAUGAGACAUACCAUGAUAUUCGCUUUGCAAUAGAUCUCUCUUUAGAUGCAGUUGUUGUUCUUUUUUUAACCAUGCGUAGUGGAACUUUAAUGUUAUGGAUGUUGACAAGGUUCUUAUAAAGUAUGUGUUUAUGAAUAUUGAAUGGCACUUCAUUAUUGACAGCAGUCAACUUGUGCAGUAAUCUAUUACUGUUGUAAACAUCGUUUGUUACAUGUUUGUGUUGUUUUGUUUUUCACAUUUUAUAUACUGUGUUUAUGUUAAUAUUACACAUUUAUUGUAAUAUUUUAUAAGAUGUUUUUUUUAGAUUUUAAAGUAUGUGAAAUUCUACAUUUGUAUUAUAUUCAGUGUUUCUGCAUAGUAUGUUGUAUUGAGUCAUUUUUCCAUUCCAUUUUGUUGUGCAAAGAUUUUCAUUAAUAUUUAGGAGUGUCUUGAAGUUGUUUGAAUGAAAACAUUAUGGUUUAUGCUUUUAACUAAUCCUUUGCAUUUUUGGGGCAACAUUAUAUUUGAAAAAAUUAUUUUGUGCAAUGUCUAGAUUAAAUAUGUAAUUAGUUGAUUGACUACACAAUAGAUACAUGUGCAAUGAAAAAACAAUUGCGGUUUAUUCACCAGUCUUAAAAAUCUCUUUUAAUAACGAUGAUUAAAAUAAAAGUUACAUCUUUUCUAACCAUAAGUAUGUAAAACUAUUCAAGGCAUGGACUUCACAGGUGUAGUAGUGCACAAAAACACUAGGAAGAUCUGUCACAUGUGUGUUCCUUUCACAAGCGUUUGAUUUCUGUUUGACUGAAAUUUUGCAUUUGUAGGGACCUUUUGUGUGAUUUUGAUGCUUUAUUGUACCAAAAAAUGUUAUUUGCACAGUUAAAUAUAAUGUUAGUCCUAAACAUUGAUAAAUGGGUACCUACACUGAACUAGUCAUUGGGACAACUGAUGAUUUUAUGCACCCCCUCUCCCCUUGAAGAAGGGGCAUCGAGCAGUUGCUCUGCUGGUCUGUGUAUCUGUACGUCUCUCUUUAUGUCUGUGAAAUUUCUUGUAUCAGCAAUAACUGUACAUUAUAUUUAUGGAUUUUGAAGUAACUUUCACAAAUGUCUAUCAUCAUGAAACGAUGUAUCUCCAGUGGAGCUCUAGACCCUGCCCAGUGGAGCUCUAGACCCUGUCCGCUAACGAGCACAUGUAAGCCAUUCUGUCUUUGUAGUGACCAGGGUAGCGUAAAAGCUAGGCUAUGGAGGCCGGUCUGGAGCUAUGAUGGCUGCAUUUUGCAAAAGACCCAUUUUCAAACGAUGCAACUUACAUAUUCUUUUACUAUAUUUUUUUAAACUCCAGAAAAAAGUAAUAGAUUAUAUUUGUAGUGCUCUGUUGUAGAGGACUCUGGCUGUCAGUGUGGUGACAUAAAAAUUUACCUUUAUGAUUAUUACAAGUUGUCACAAUGAACUUUUUAAUGAGACACUUAAAAGAUGCAAAUUACAAGGCCUAUGUUUGUUGAAUUCAAAAACAACAUCUCCAUUCAAUGUAAUGCCCAGAAAAAAAUAAUCUUGUUUUUAAAUAAUUAAUGGUUAUUUAAUGUUUUGGCUUCUGAAAUACUAGGUGAGUUAAAAUGAUAACUUUAUUGUGGCUGGAACCAAGUUAACCAUAUUCUACAUCUAGUGACUAGAUUAUAUUUUCUUAUUUUCGAAAUUUAAAGUGUCAGUCAGGUUUAUUAUCCCCCGCCAGAGGUUUAGGGAUAUUGUUUUGGCGUUGUCCGUCUGUCCAUCCUUCCGUCCUGCACUUUUGUGUCCGGAGCAUUAUCUUGAAAGUGCCUGGAUUUCAUUGAAACUUGGUACGAGUAUAUAUAUGGAUAAAAGGAUGUUGCACGCCAAAUGGCAUUGUAAACCAUCUGUUAAUAACAGAUUUAUGGCCCUUUGUAUCUUGAAAAAAUUCUUUUUUAUUGUCCAGAGCCAUAUCUUGGAAGUGCUUUGGUGGAUUUCAUUGAAACUUGGUAUGAGUAUAUAUAUGGAUAAGAGGAUGGUGCACGCCAAAUGGCAUUGUACGCCAUCGGAUAUAAAGGGAGUUAUGGCCCUUUGUAUCCUGAAAAAAUGCUGUUUUGAGUGUCAAAUAUAACACUUUUGUGUCCAGAAGCAUAUUGGUGGCAGAUAUAAAUUCAAUGGAUUUGCUUGUUGUCAAUGCCUCUGCUGAUGUUUCAAUGGUGAAAUUAUCUUGUUUUAUUCUUUGGCUGUUUAAGCAGAUACAACAUUUAUCGCACCACAUUAAAAAUAUCUAGUAAAGCUCACACCAAAAUAUUUGCAUUAGAAAAGUUAUACAUGAAGUUUAUAUGUUAAGCAAUAAAAGCCUCCUCUUUGUAUCUUAUAUAAUUAUGCUCCCGGUAGGGUGGCAUAUAGCAGUUGAACUGUCCGUUAGUCAGUAUGUCAAUAUGUGUGUAUGUCUGUCUGUCUGUCCGUCCAAAAAAACUUUAACAUUGGCCAUAACUUUUUCACUAUUGAAGAUAGCAAUUUGAUAUUUGGCAUGCAUGUGUAUCUCAUGGAGCUGAACAUUUUGAGUGUUGAAAGGGGAAGGUCAAGGUCAUCUUUUAAGGUCAAAUGUCAAAUAUUUGGCGUCUGUCCGUCCGAAAACUUUAACAUUGGCCAUAACUUUUUCAAUAUUGAAGAUAGCAACUUGAUAUUUGGCAUGCAUGUGUAUCUCAUGAAGCUGCACAUUUUGCAUAGUGGAAGUUCAAGGUCAAGGUCAUCCUUCAAGGUCAAAGGUCAAAAAAAAAUCAUGGCAGCGUUUUCAUGAAGCUGCACAUUUUGAGCGGUGGAAGUUCAAGGUCAAGGUCAUCCUUCAAGGUCAAAGGUAUUUUUUUUAAUUUAAAGCGGUGUUCUCAUGAAGCUGCACAUUUUGAGUGGAAGAAGUUCAUGGUAAAGGUCAUCCUUCAAGGUCAAUUUCAUCCUUCAAGGUCAAAGGUAAAAAUAUAAAUGAAUUCAACGCAGCGUUAUCAUGAAGCUGCACAUUUUGAGUGUAGGAAGUUCAAGGUCAAGGUCAUCUUUCUAGGUCAAGGUCAUCCUUCAAGGUCAAAGGUAUUUUUUUUUUUUUCAAAGCGGCUUUCUCAUGAGGCUGCACAUUUUGAGUGGUAGUUAAAGGUCAAGGUCAUCCUUCAAGGUCAAAGGUAAAAAAAAUAUUUAUUUUUUUCAAAGCGGCGCAAUAGGGGGCAUUGUGUUUCUGACCAACACAUCUCUUGUUUUAAUAUAUAUUUCUGCUGAAUAUUUAUUUGCUAUAUAUGUGUCAGACUCGAUUGUUGUUGUUGGUUCAAUGAAUAAAGGGAUUAUGCUUGCAAAAAAAGGGAGCUCGUUUGGUAGUGAAAAAAUUUGCAGCUUCGCUUGAAAAUGGAUGUAAUGCCAUAUGCAACAGUACAGAUUCAGAUCAUUCACACUUUCUAGUCUUGAUCUACUCUGUCCGCUAAAGUCUUAGCAGGUAUCUUGGUCAUAUGCGGAACAUUAUGACUCCUCAUCACAUUUUAAGGAUGUCAAGGUUUGUCUGCUCACCAUACCAGAUAGGUGGAGUUUUCUGUGGGUACUCCAGCUUUCCUAUACUACUCAAGACCUCAUCAAAAUUGAACAAUCUUUCAGUAACUAGGAAAUAGCUUGAAGUUGCAGCUAUAAUUCAAAAUUUGUCGCUACUUUUGUUUGUCUAGUAAGUUGAUUAGGUAGAAGUGCUGGACCACACUCAGGGUCCACAUGUAAUGUAGCCUCUGGAAAGGACCUCAUAAACUUUGAAAUACACACACACACAUGUCUGGAGCUACACUGUUUGGAUAUGUCAUAAGACCUAUUUUCCCUUGACGUCGCUCAUCCUGGCUCCUUGCUACAAUUUAUGGCCUAUUUCUAGUUAUGAGUUUAUUUAUUUUUUAUCAGUAAACUUGUUAAUUAUCAUAACUUUAUUUCAACAUUUUUUUAUGUAAAUUUCAGAUUUGUUUUGACAAUAUUUUUAAAGUUCCACAAGAUCUUAGUAAACUAAGUGCUUUUUACUUCAAACAUUGAGGCAUGUUCAUAUAUCAGUUGUUUUGCCUGAAUCAUGGCCUUGUGUGUUUAAAUUCAUAUUUUAUAUUGUGCCAAUGUGCAUUUGUUGAACUACAACAAGCUGUCAACCUUAUUUCCCAUUUGUAUGCGUUUGUAUGAAUGAUGGACAUAUAUAUAUAAUGUAUUGUUGUAGUAUUUUACACGCUGUUGAUUGCCGUUUUAAUAUGACUAACUGUUAUUGAAUGACGCUGGUGUUUUUCUUCAAUUUACUUGACAUCUUUCAUUAUUGUACAUCCGCAUGUAGAUCUAUUUCUUAAUAAAACAAUUUUAAAUGUU